UGAACAGUUGUAAACUAUAGAAGGUGCGUUAUACACGAGGUGCAAUUUAUCAGUACUACCAAGUGCUGAUAAACUAGACUACUACUAGUGAAUACCUGGAUGGAUUUGCAUGAAUGUUAGUUGUGUUUGUACAGUUUUUAUGCCUGCUGCUGUUUUCUGAGCUCUGUCUGUAAUGCUUUGCUCGCAGGCAGAUUGUUAUCAGUGUAAGUGGUGUAUACCGGAGGUUCCACACUGAAUAAACUGAGGGUUGGGAUAGAAACUGUUUCCAUAGUCUCAGCAUUGAGACCGGAGCAGGGAGUAAGUCUUGCCCAGCUCGACCAAGGCCAUCAGUGAUGUGGGGGAGGGAACAUUUGAGCUGAUAGCUGCUGUGAGUUAAACAGGUGUGAAAUGUACUUGUUCCCAGAAACUAUGUGAAAAUGUCCUGUUUGUCCAACACCGCGUUACUUGUGCCUUAAUAUUAUGUCAAAUGUUAAAAGUGUGCAUCCAUCCCUGACUCAAAAUCAUGUUUGCAGUUUUGCUUCAUGCAACGCUGUAAAGAAAGCUCAAAAACACAAUUUUAAGAUCAGAAUAAGAGACUUAUCUUAACGCAGGCACACUUAGAACAGGUUCGCUGUACUCAGAUACAAAAUAAACAUGUCUGUGUUUGAUCUGUCUGAUACCACAGUUUAUGAAAAGGGUGUUUCUUUGCACACAUCUACACUUCUACAAAUAAAGGAUCCAGUAAGAAGCCUGAUCCUAUUGGAAAGGUUCAAAAGGUUCCACAAAGGAUUUUGUUCUUUAGACUACCAUGAUUCUGGUCUCUCAAAUUUCAUUUCAAAUUUAUUUAUAUAUAUAUUUUUUAUUAUAUUUAUUUAAAUAACUUUAAGUCACUUCAAAACCUAUAUAUUAGACACAUUUUCUUUCCUGAAACAGGAAAUGAGAUUAAUCACAAUCACUUAUUUGAAUCGCUCUGUCAAAUACAUACAUGUAAUCGCAAAUGUAACAAAGUAAAAGCAGAAUAAACUAUUUUCUGUUUUCCCCUGGUUUAAAAACAUAGCUUUAAUGAAGAAUGUAGAAACCAAUACAGUGAUCUGAAGAGCCUAAUGUCAAAAACUAAAUGAAUACAAGUCGGAAAGAGCUUUAUUACCAAGUAUGUUUACACACACAAGGAAUUUGACUUUAGGACAGUGCAAAUAGUGCAACAUACAUAAUAACACAGUAGAGAUGGAAUAUAAUAAUAUACAGAAAAACAGAAAAUUAAAUAAUGCACUAUAUACAGACGUAGAAGUGUAGAAAAAUUGUGAUUGUGUGAAUAAAUAAUAAAUAAAUACAAAUAGGCCUAUUAAUCUCCAAAGAACCAUAUACGUUCAAGAAUGCAUCACCAUAAAGUAAAGCUCUGAAAAGUGCUUAAAUGAUAUGUAUGCAAGGCCCAUUUGAAAUGCAAAGAUAUAAGCAAAUAUUUCACUUGAUAAAGUACCAUGGAAAUAGUACAACUUAAUCAUCUGCAUGAACCCACCACUACCACGUCUGUAUUUUUCUUUCUUUCUUUCUUGCAAAAAUAAAAUAAUUAAUCUAAAUAAACUUAUGUAUGUUCAUCAGUGGAAAGUCCCAACUAAUGUAAUGCAACAUUAUGUGAUUUGAAUUGUCAACUCCGUCCACAGCUUUAAAACAAAAGCAUUAAGAGUGCACACUGCAUAUACCACCUGCAGCAGCAGACCCGCUAUUAUCAUCAUCUGAAAGCCUGCACAGAGUUUCAGAUCGCUAUUUCCGAUGCUUGCGCCAGCUCAUGGGUGACUCGAGACGAAACGGAUCCCUCCUUUGAUUGGCCACAAAAGCGCUACGUGGACAUCGAGCAGCAACAGGUAGAGCGCGUGACCGUUAUCAUUUCAUUCUGUCUGCGGCUGUCAGGAAGACUACAGCGCCUCGCGUCAACUCAUUAUCGCUCUCCGCAAGCCUCUUAUCGCGCUCACAUCACCACGAGUUUGGUGGACAUUUAUUUCGAGGGCCUACACCAGGGUGUGGGUGAGUCAAGUAUGAAGUCCAAAGGAAAGGGGUCAAAGCGGGGCAGACAGUCUUGGACAGAGCAGGACGACCCAGACUUUACACUGGAAACGGAGCCAGGUUCCAGCGAGCAGGAAGGUUCAGAGGCGUCCGUGAGGCUGGGAGGCACAUGGAGAACAUUGAGGGGCGAGAGGCACGGUGGUUCCCGCGUGGGCACACGUCGCAGGCGGCAGCACGGCAGCGCUAAGGAACGCAACGUCCGCAGGCUGGAGAGUAACGAGAGAGAGAGGCAGAGGAUGCACAAACUCAACAACGCCUUUCAGGCCCUACGGGAGGCCAUUCCUCACGUCAAAACAGACAAGAAACUUUCCAAGAUUGAGACUCUCACGCUGGCAAAGAACUACAUCAAGGCCUUAACCACAAUCAUCCUGGGCAUGUCAAAUGCCUGCCUGCCUCACCCUGAGAGUGACAUGGCGACUCAUGCCUCCCGGCUCCUGCAGUGCUAUCAGCAGCAUCUACAGGAGGAGGGAGAGGAGGAUUUGUCCAACUACCUGAGCCACAUUCACAGCUUCAACCAGGACAGCUAA